UAAUACGUCUUGUAAAUGUUCUUCUAGAAACUGAAGUUGUAACAUUUACACAGUAUUUGCAGUUUACUACAAGUUUGUUGUAAGAGAAUCUGCCAUUGAAAGGCAGUGACUAAAUUACAGAUAUCUAAGAAUAAGCCACAGGAAUCAUGGUGCUUCAAGUCCCGAGCGAUCCAGAAGGCCGCUUGACCAAAGGGAAUGGGAACACUCGACGAGACCAUCGAGUUCUGAGGGACGGCGGAAGCAACGACGAAGGCUGCAAAGAGCACAGCUUGCCAGAGUAUUUCCUUCAUGGCAAUGGCACAAACAUAUUAAGAGGGUCUGGUCCGCUUGGAUUAAAUACCACAGAUAGGACCAAUGGUGUUAACCAAGGAAUGGUAUCCACAGGCCCUGGAAGAACAGUAUCCACCCUACCUGAGAGGGCGCUUCUCCUGGAGAACACUGGUAAAGAAUUGAGGAAAGUGGCAGACAUGUUCAUCAUCACCAGGAACACUGGACACGAACUGAGAAGGAUAGCUGACGAGGUUUAUUUCAAAUUUUGCGGGUCGGAAACUCACCCUCCUGAUGUCAUUCUGUUUGAGGAUAUGGCUGGGAGUAAUCUGCGGAGAAGAAAAUCAUGACUAGGCCAAAUAACCCAUGAGGACUAGAUAAACUUAAACUAUUCAGGAAAAUGCUGCAGUCAAUUUACUUUUUUAUUGUGUACAUAACAUGUUCAAUGCUUGGAUAGUAAGUGCACUCAUGACAGUUUCUGAGCAGGCCUCCAUGUAAACCUGUCCACAGUGCCUUUAAUAAGUGUACUUAUAUAAAAGUUUUUUAAGCAGAUAGAAAAAACAAUACUGUAUUCGUUUUGUAUUAUAGUUUUGUAUAUUCACCUUAUAAAAAAAGAUUAUUUAUUUAUUUACAACCGAUUCACAACAUGAUCUCAAACAGAGCUCAAACACUCGCCUUGAUUUUGAGUCUGUGAAUGGCAUGAAUUGAACGUGUGAUGGCGCUAGUACUAUUAUUACCAUGUGGAGAGUGAAGCUGUUUUAACUCUGACAUGAAUCGUACAGGGAAUUCACAAACGUGAAAGUAUAUAUUAUGAUUGUGAUGCACACAUCAAUGUCUUUUUUAUAUUGUUUUUGGAGUGUACAAGUCAUGCAGGUUCAUGAUAAUAGACUAUCCUUGCCUUACUUCAUUAUUGUCUCAUAAUUGUUAGCUUCAUUUUAAAGGUCAAGUCCACCUCAGAAAAAUGUUGAUUUAAAUCAAUAGAGAAAAAUCAGACAAGCACAAUGCUG